CGGAGGAGGAACGGCCAGCAGGACCCGGCGCCCGGACCAGUGUGGCUGGCCCCAGGCAGGACUGGCUCGCUACCGUUUUCUCCCACCCCAGGACUUGCUGGACCUCGCCCACAAUGAUGUUUGGGCCGCUGUUUCUCAUGGCGCUGAGCCUGCUGCAGGUCCCUCUCGGUGAUGGGCAGGGCUGCCUGAGCAAGCGGUCAGUGCUCACCACCCUGCGCCAGAUGCAGAAGCUGCUGUCCAGCCAGGAGGCGGCCCAGCUGCGGGGGCUGCGCGGCCUCAGGAAGCAGCUCACGCUGCUGCAGGGGAACCUCCACAAGCAGGCUGCGUGGGGGAAUGAGACGUGCCCCCCUCUGGCCGCGCCCAGCCACGGCAGGAAGCUGGGGAAGAAAGCGGGCGUCGGGCACGAGGCGCACUUCUUGUGCGACGCCGGCUUCCAGCUGGUGGGCGCCGAGACCCGGCUCUGCCAGGAGAACCGCACGUGGAGCGGGCAGCAGCCCUUCUGCAAGGGUAUCGAUGACUGCUCCGGUCAGCCCUGCGCCAACGGGGGCACGUGCGUGGAUGAGGUGCAGCGGUAUGUCUGCCUCUGCCCCGGCGGCUGGACCGGAAGCAACUGCCAGACCCCGGCCGCCUCCUACUGGGUGUCUCUGAGCAACAACUCCUUCAGCCGCCAGCCCCGCUGUGCCGAGAACGCGCAGGGCGCCCGGCAGUGCAGCUGCGACGCGGGCUUCCAGAUGCGCGCCGGCGGCCUGUGUCAAGAUGUGGACGAGUGCCAGCUCUUCCAGCUGAGCCACCAGAACCGGAUCUGCGUCCACAGCUGCGUCAACCUGCCCGGCUCCUACCGCUGCGUCUGCCCCCCGGGCUACCUGCUCAGCCCCGACCAGAACACGUGUGAAGACGCGGACGAGUGUGCGGAGCAGCGGCACAACUGCAGCCGGGGCGAGCUCUGCAUCAACACCUUCGGGGGCUUCCAGUGCGUGCGGCCCGAGUGUCCCCGGCCCCGGCACAACACCAGCUACGUGAAGACCUCGGCCUUCCAGUGCGAGCGGAACCCGUGCCCGGUGGAGAGCCAGGCCUGCCGCCAGGCGGCCAACUCCAUCUCCUUCCACUACCUGCCGCUGCCCUCCAACCGCACGGUGCCCCGGGUGCUCUUCAGGAUGUCCACCACCCGCUUCCUGGGGGACAGCCUGCGCUUCGCCAUCACGGGGGGCCAGGGCCUCGGGGCCUUCGCCGUGCAGCGCUCGGACCGGCACACGGGCGAGCUGGUGCUGACCAGCCCCGUGCCGGGCCCCGCCACCCUGGAGGUGCAGCUGGAGAUGAGUGAGCUCUCCAAGAAGGUCCUGCUGGGCAAGCACGUCUUCAGGAUCACCGCCUUCAUCUCCCCCUAUGAGUUCUAGCUCGUUGCGGGGGCUCCCAGGGGCCGCAGCUGCCGCCCCUGCUUCCUUCCCCUCUGCCAUAACCAGGGCGGGGAUGCUGGGAAGGCCACCUGGGAUCAGGGCCCCCGGCUCUGCCUCCUGAGGGAGCCCGGGCAAGUCCCUUCCCCUACCUUGCACCUCCCCAUCCCUAGUGUUAGAUUUCUAACUUCUACUUCUAAGGAAAUAAAAGUCUAAAGUAAUUCA